CUGGAGAGGCGAUGGCCGCAGGGAGCCGCUAUGGGGUCCUGUGCAGGGCGGGGUUGAGGCUGGAGUAUCUGCAUGCAAACUCCACAACACACGACUUUCUCUUUGGAGCAGUUGCUGAACUGAUUGACAAUUCCCGAGACGCUGGUGCAACCAGACUUGACAUAUUUACAGUGAAUAAUGAAAACCUACAGGGAGGAUUUACGUUGUGCUUCCUGGAUAAUGGAUGUGGCAUGACCCCUCGAGAAGCUACAGACCUCGUGUAUUUUGGGAGAUCUUCUAAGCGGGCCAACCCUAAGAUGAUUGGACGCUACGGCAACGGCCUAAAAUCAGGGUCCAUGCGUAUAGGGAAAGACCUCAUACUAUUCACCAAGAAGGAGAAUACAAUGACAUGCCUUCUUUUCUCUCAGACGUUCUGUGAAACAGAAGGUCUCAAUGAGGUCAUAGUCCCAAUACCCUCAUGGUCAAGUAACACAAGAAAUCCAAUAAUAGAUGAUCCCGAGAAAUUUGCCACACAGUUGUGCAUAAUUUGCAAAUAUUCUCCUUUUAAGAAUGAAACUGAACUGAUGGAGCAGUUUGAUACCAUCUAUGGGGAAAUGGGAACCCUGCUGGUGAUUUAUAAUGUGAAACUCAUGCUCAAUGGGGAGCCAGAACUUGAUGUUCUAACAGAUGAGAUGGAUAUGUUGAUUGCUGGAACACCCGAGAACCUUCCAGAACAACAGUCGCUAAGAGCUUAUACAGCUAUAUUGUAUUCUGACCCACGAAUGAGGAUCUUCAUUCAAGCCAAGAAAGUAGAAACCAAGCGUUUGCCUUAUUGCUUUUACCGGCCCAGGAUGUACCCAUAUAUCUCAUCUUUAUUCAAACAAGUCUCUACAAAUGAAUUAAAAAGGGCAGAAAUGGAAGUGAAGGCUGCUGAAGACACAGUGAAAGAAGCGAAGUGUACACUUCAACAGUUGAUGGACUCUCUCUUGCAUGAAAAUAGUGAGCUUGCAUUACAGGAUGCUCUGGAGAAAGAAAAGAGAAUGAGGGAAAAACUGGAAGACAAAAAAAGAAAUCUGAGAAGACCAAAAAAGCUCUUCUUAAUAUUUGGAAUUAACAUUCAAAACAGAAGUCAAGAUGGCAUGCUUAUCUAUAGCAAUAAUCGCUUGAUUAAGAUGUUUGAAAAAGUGGGGCCACAGAAGAAUAUGGAAUCUUAUUUUGGUGCCGGAGCUGUGGGGAUUGUGGAUGUGCCCUUAGAAAUUAUGGAACCAACACACAACAAGCAGGCUUUUGCCAACGUCACAGAAUGUAACCACUUGUUGAAAGCAAUGGGAAGCUACCUUGUUCAGUAUUGGAAAGACAUAGGAAUCAGUCAAAAAGGAGAGACCUUGUUCUGGAAUGACUUUGGAUACCUGAGUGACAAGUGGUACGAAAGACCUUCUGAGACAAUUCAGUACAGGAGAAGACGGGCAGUGGAAAUCCCUGACAUUGUUCAGUGUGAUAUUUGCCUCAAAUGGAGACUCUUGUCACUUGAUACUGAUAUAAGUCAUCGAGGACAUCAUGGCAUCUGGAAUUGUUCAAAGAGCCCUAAUCCUAUGGAAAAUAAGUGUAAUGUACCAGAACAUUUGCCCUCCAUCCCUUUGGGCACCUUCAAUCCAACUCAGUCACUGAACAACAAAGAAAAGCUACUCAUAGAUUCCAUUCGGGAACGUAAGAGGAAAGUGGAAAACCAACAGUCGAAACUGUCCUUGAUUCAGCCACAUACAGUUGUCCCGCAUACAGUUGACAGCAGAAUCUCUGCUAAGAAUAAUGAAAAUGUCAGGAAGAUGGCUUGCCAGCGGAAAACUUUUCAUAAGGAUCCAUCUCCAGCCUGCAGACAUUUGAUUAAGAGUAGAACAAAUAAAGGACUCAUCCAACACUUGAGCCAUCAAAAGCAACCACAUGCAAAGCAAAAGACUCACUAUCGGAGCUUACAGCAUCCUUGUCAGGAAGGAAAAUAUUUCCUUUCUGUGCCCGAGGAUAAGAAGUAUGACAAGCCAAUGGUGCUACCUUUUGAAAUACAAGAUAAACAGCCACGUCAGGAAGAGAUUGAGGUCAUCAAAACUGAAAGCGAUAGUGAGCCAGAAAUCAUUUGUAUUAUAAUAUCCGACAGUGAGAAUGAAGAUUUGCUGAAGUACGAAGAACAGAAUGACAUUUCUUUCAUGCACAAAGAAAAACAGGAGCAGAGUGAUGAAGAAGAAGGCCAUCUCCUCAACCUAGCAGGUUGUGUAAAUUUAGAGGAAAAUGAUUUGCCACCAACAGACUUGGAAAGUGGUUCCGCAGGGGCUUCAGAAGAAGACAAUAAAGAGCAAGUCCCUGUUGCAGUGCAGGAGUCGAAUACUGCCGUUUCAUGCAAGCAGGGGAAUUCCCAGAGCAUCCUUGAAUCCAAGAUGAUAGAAACAUUAACAUCUCGCAUCAAAGAGAUUCUGCUAUACUUUUUACCUGAAUGUAGUCUUUCAAGAGAGCGUCUUACAUCCAUGGGUCCUGAAGAUAUUUUAACUAUGUUCAAGCUGAAAGGGCAUUCUGAGCAGAAUGAGGCUGUCACUCUACGCAUCGAUCAGUAUUUUUCGCAAUAUGAAGUACAACUUUCAAAAAAAAUCCAGUCGAUAGAACGACGUGGCCUUGAAACCAUAAGUACCAUCGAAAGAGAGAUUACUUUGUGUGAAGUACAAAUAAAGGCUGCACAGGAAAGACUUGAGCAUUUUCGGGGGGAAAUAGCACAACUGCUAUUGAAGUUUCAUCCACUCCUUCGUAUAAAUAACCUGGAAGACAUUGAUAGCUUACUAGAAGAGAGCAUGAAGUUUGAAAAUCUAAGUACAUUUGUGUAUGAAAAUACCAAAACCACAGAAAUAGGAGGACCCGCCUUUCUGGAUGAAGAAAUUGGGGAAUAGUUUUAACACUUUAUAGUGUGUGUAUGUCUAGAUGGAUAGACAGAUAUCCGCCCAGAAUUAUCCUGCCUAAAUCUUAUAUGCUACAGCGGAACUUGCAGAAGAGAUACCAAUAAACAUUCCCAGAUACGUUUUUGUGGUUUAUUUUUUUACCAUCGUAUUUUUGUGAACCAAUGCCAGAGGCACUGCUCCUGCACAACAUCCCCUUCACUUCAAUGGAAUGUUUCACAAAAGUCCCAUUGAAAUGUAUGGAUGUUGUUCAGCAAACAGUGCGUGUUGAAAUGGUCCCUGUGUUCUUGUGAAUAUUCUGUUGUGGUAUUACUGAAAGAUUUAAAUUGAAGCUUUUAAAAGCAGUUUCUGUUUGUUUUGAAAUAAUAACCUUGGUAACCAUAAUUUGUUAGUUUGUAGCAAUAUAAA